AUGGAGUUCUGGGGUAACCACUUCGCACUUUCCCCUCGCUAUUACUAUCCUCGACUGCUCAGUGCGAUUCGCGGCUCGGUUUCUCAACCACUGCUCCCCUCUGGUAAAGAAGUAAAGCCAGGAGCCACGGUUUCUUGCGAAGUCGGUGAUGAUUUGGUUAUUCACCUUUCACAGGUUUACGCACCUUACCCCUAUAGUUCAGAUGAAGAGCUAGAAACCGAUCAAAUUCCAAAAAUUUCUGCGACAAAGGUUCCAGUGAAGGGUGGUAUAAAAGUUGAAUCGUCUUCUAGUGAUGAUGAUGAUGAUGACUUCACUGGUAGUGAGAGUGAUAGUGAAAUGUCUGAUGAAGAUGACUCCAGUGAUGAAGAUGAAGUGUCAAGUGGUGCAGAUCCUAGUGAUGAUUCUGAUUCAGAUGAACAGACUCCUACCCCAAAGAAGACUGAUGUAGUAGUUGGCAAGAAGAGAGCAAUUGAAGGUGAGGCACUUUCUGGUAAGAAGGCUAAGUCUGAACAAUCUGCUCAGAAAACAGGUGACAAGGUCUCAACUCAUUCUGCAAAGCAGUCUAGCAAGACUCCUGCAGACAAAUCUACGAAGACCCCCACAGCUGACAAGAAGUCCCCCAAAUCUGGUAGCCAUGCCUGCAAGUCAUGCAACAAAUCUUUUGGCAGUGCGUCAGCACUUGAGUCUCAUCAGAAGGCAAAGAAGCAUGAAGCCUAG